AUGGACGAUGACAAGGAGGAGGAAGGCACCCAAAGAGGACCUCAUGGCUUGUCCAAAUCGAAAGCCGGUAUUCAGCAGCGAAGACGCCACCCACCCUCGCCAACCACUGUUGCAUCUCAUUCUACCUUCUUACAUCAUGACAAGACCUAUGAUGACUAUAAUGACUUUUCAGAUGGUAUACCAAAUCUAUCAGUGCCAGGUUCUAUACCUUCCAUUGUACGAUUGUCCUCGCCUCCUUCCACUCCCAAUUCUCAUGUUGGGCCUCUGCUGGUACUGAGGCAUACUCGCCCUCCUAGUCAAGCAGCCUCUGUGGAUCCAGAAGUUCCUUAUCUUGAUCUCAGGGCAAUGACUCCUGUACCAAAGCGACCAUUGACAAAAGAAGGUGGCAUGGAGUGA